UGUGUGGUCAUGACAAAGAUUUACAAUCUUCUUGAAAAUCAUUAAUCUGUAAUUUUCUUCACAACCAGUAUUAGUCCAGAAAUGAUAAUCAAAAAGAGAUAAAUAAACUUUAUUAUUUGUUGUUAUCGCAAAAACAGGAGUAUUUAUUAUCAUGCAACAAAAUAAAAAAAUGCUUAAGUAAAGUUUUGUUACAUUUUUAAUAUAAUUAAAAUAAGAAAUAAUGGAUGAAGAUUUUGAUGAAAGGCCGUGGGAUGGUGGCGAUAGACUGGAUAACGAGUUUCAGUCUGAAGGUGGAGAGGACGCUGAAAAUCCAGAGCAGGUACUGGCAGAAUGUGCCGAGAAAUUUUCCACAUCAGAUUAUAUUAUGGAACCUGGCAUAUUUUCACAACUUAAGCGUUAUUUUCAAUCUGGAGGAAAUCCUCUACAAGUCAUUGAAGAGUUGUCCCAAAACUAUACAGCUGUGGCACAGAUGGCAAAUUUAAUAGCUGAAUGGCUUAUAAUUGGCGGAGUUAAAGUCACAGAUGUGCAAGCUAUGGUUGAAAAUCAUUUGAAGGAAAUGAUUUUAAAAACAUUUGAUCCAAAAAAAGCCGAUACUAUUUUUACUGAGGAAGGAGAAACUCCGGCUUGGUUAACGCAACUUAUCGAACAUCCUACUUGGAGAUCCUUAAUUUAUAGAUUAGCUGAAGAGUACCCUGACUGUCUCAUGUUAAAUUUUACCAUUAAGCUUAUAUCCGAUGCCGGCUUUCAAGGAGAAAUCACUAGUAUUUCAACAGCAGCUCAACAACUUGAAGUAUUUUCUAGAGUGUUGAAAACGUCUAUCUCCAGUUUCCUUACUAACCCCGAGGAGUGGCAGAAUACCAGCAAAGAGUGUGCCAAAAUGGUGUGUCACGGACAACAUACAUAUGUUUAUAGUCAGGUUAUAAUACACAUUUUGGCAAGGGAAUCUAAAGGAGGCAGUAGCAUGAAAAGAUUAUCUCAGGAGAUAACGAAAUGUGCACAGAAAAACGGGAAUGAUGUCACUCCCAUAACGAUGGCAUUAAACGGUGCUUCUGCAUAUCCAACUGCUUGUCAAGCGUUAACUGCUAUGUUGUCGAAGAAUACGUUAAACCCUGCAGAUAUUACCGUUCUGUACAGAAAUUUUAACGCACCAGAUCCUCCACCUAUCGAUCUUAUCAGAACUCCUCAAUUCUUGGAAUUACUCGUGGAUUCCUUAUUCAAGCCAGGUGUGAAGUUGAAUCCGGAUUAUAAACCGAAAUAUAUACACCUGCUAGCUUACGCGGCAAGUGUUUCGGAAAUUCAACCGAAAAAGGGACAAAAGAGGGUUUCUAAUAAAGACGAACUGCAGCCUACUGUUCGCGCUAUUGAAACGGUCCAUAAUAUUUGUAACGGAAACAAAGGAUCCUCGGAGUUGAUCGCGGAAUUGUCCACGAUUUAUCAAUCUUUAAAAUUCCCCGUUGUAUCUGUGGGCAUUAUCAGGUGGGUGGAAUGUACCGUCACGGAACCGAGUUAUUUCAAGUUGUGCACGGAGCAUACACCCAUACACUUGGCUUUACUCGAUGAAGUCGUUACGUUACAUCCACUGUUGCAUAAUCAAGUACUAGAUCUUCUAAUUAGGUUGUUCGAGUCGAAACAAGACGAGCUGGAGAUUUUAGUGCAGCUGGAAAUGAGGAAAAUGGUGCUGGACAGGAUGGUUAACUUGUUGUGUUCCGGAUGUGUGGUGCCGGUAGUUAAGUAUAUUAAGCAGUGUUGGCAACGGGGCGAUACGGAUAUUUCGCUAAUUAGAUAUUUCGUCACAGAGGUGUUGGAAACUAUAGGACCUCCGUAUAGUUCGGAAUUUGUACAUUUGUUUAUGCCGAUGGUAGAGAAUGAUGAAAUCACCGGCACCAUGAGAGGAGACGGGGAAAAUGAUCCUGUAUCGGAAUUUAUCGUUCACUGUAAGGCUAACUACACAACAGUGAUAUGAAGGAAACGCUAACAGUUAAGGUUAUACAUUUAUUGUAAUAUAUAUGAAAUAUGAAAAAAUAAGUAACAAUUA